AUGCGUAACUAAAUUUAUACUAAAGAUAUUCUUUUAAGAACCGAGGUUUUUACUUAAGUCCAUAUCUGGAAAGUUUAGCAGUGGCCGACUUAUUGCCAUUAUGGGACCCAGUGGUGCCGGCAAAAGCACACUUAUGAACGUUCUGGCCGGCUUUAAAACACGAAAUGUUUCAGGACAGAUUCUCAUCAAUUCCAAACCUCGAGAUCUUAAGUUAUUUCGCCGGUCAUCUUGUUUUAUUCUCCAAGAUGCACCCCUUCUCUCCCAACUAACAGUUGCUGAAGCCAUGUUCUGCAGUUCGCAGCUCAAUCUUCCUCGACAUCUGUCAUCGGAACAGCGAACGGCAGUUGUAAGAUAACACCUUAAAGUGUACAGUUUUAAAACUACCGUACGAUUGAUUGCACCUGUAUUUAUUUUUUCGAAUAGCACGAAUGUCUUUAUGCACUUAGAUUUCUAAGAUUCUCUACGAAACUGAAAGAGAACGCUUGGCCGUAUAAACGGUACAUUCGUAUGAUUUCGUACCUUUAUUAAAGUUCAUUUGUUUUGAAAAGAUUAUAUAAUUGCAGUUGCGUACGCAGAGGACCUUUACGGUCCAGUUGACCACAGGGUGCGCAAUGGGUAGUUUUAAAUCCAUUUAGUAGACUCUAAGAUUUCCUCUAUCAGCUUACUAUCCAAAACCCGCGGAAAUAGGAUGAAGUGCUCUACCUCCUCUUUGUUUACUCCUGCCAAGAUGAAGGAUUUUCCCUUUAAGGAAAUUUAGUUAUACCGAUGAAUUAACCACUGUUUUUUAUGGGUUCGGCUUCUACUGGACAAUUUUUGAGUAGAUUGCAGAAAAUUAUGUACAUCACAUUUGUCUUCAGAUACGUCAGAUUCUAAGCAUUUUGGGUUGUUUGUUUGUUAUUCGUUUUUAAACAGAACUGUUUGCCUUAUGAUUCUAGUAUUUCCUACUCCCUACUUGCUUAAAGUCCAGAUUUUGUUUGUUCCCUUGUUAUGCACCUACAACUCGUUGUGUGGUCUCCCGUUGUUUUCAUCGCUGUGUAUAUUGGUCAUAUCGAGGCAAUGUAUCCGCAAGCAUCCAUCUGAAAUUUUGAUCUAGAGUAUACGGCAAUAAAACUACAGUUUUCCUUAUUGGCUUUUGCCUUCUUCAUUUGCCUAAUAUAUACCGCCAGAUUUCUUCACCAAUGAUUUCGAAUAACUGCAAUAUUUGUUUUUGACUAUGUGCGUUAUAUAUUUAUUGUGUGAAAUCCGCCUUAUGACCUUUCUUUUUGGACCAUUAAUUUGAUCACACCGAUUUAUAACAGCCGUCGCCUGCAAUAUUAAGCUAAGGUAAAUUUCCUUACGAUCCUACCCUGGUAGUACCAUCUGUUGAAUUACGUCAUUUGCUGUGAUUAGAAACUAAUAGUGUUCUAUAGAGUAUUUUUCCACUUGUAUUGAAGGAUACUUUCAUUUUAAACAAUAUAUCGUCGUACAAUUCCCAUGUGGACCGUACGACAGUCCAUGUCUCACGCAAACUUUGCCUAACAACAUAAAAACAUAUAUGCAAUGGAUUUUAUUCUAAGAAACAACGAAAGCAACUGUAUUUACGUAUUAUAAUGGAAGAAGUUGCAGUCACAGGUUCCCUUUUAGCCAUUUCUAAACACACGUAGAUGCUAUCUCGAAAAUACCUGAAGUGUUUCAUCCAGCCUCGGCUCUUGCCUUCUCACAUUUUUGUGAUAUUUUCUACGCAGAAGCGACUUCAAAUAUAUUUGAGAGUUUUUCAAAUUGGCAGUUGUUUAUCGUUGUGCCAAGUACACAUGCCGUUUUAUACUCUGUAUCGGAUUUUCCUUCAUAAAUGGCACACAGCGCAUUGGUUCUUUUAAUUCCUGCAUUAAUUUUAUACUUAAUUAAUUUAAAAUAAAACUUCUCGCCAUGAUUGCGCACAGUUAAUUACGUGAUCUUCUCAUCUGUGCCUAUUAUAUAAUGAUCAGCCCGUCCGAAAUAUGAUUUCAGUUGAAUAAAUAAUUAUUGUUCCAAAGGUGUUGGAUCGAAGUAGAGAUUCUUUGGACACUCAAUUUUUACCUGGUAAAAUUUAUUCGUUGUUUGUCAGCCACACUGUUUUUUUCUACUUACGUGACUAUCCUUUUCAGAUGGACCGAAAACCACAUUAUCUUUUUACCGACUGAAAUUGCUUCGUUCAGAGCACAAUUUUGGUAUCAUCUACGUAGCACCUCUCUGCGGACUCUGAAUCAAAUAACCACUACUCAGACACAUGCAUGGGUUUUUGGCCAAUACCCACGUUGCCAUCAUGCAGCAUAGUUUCUAUCACUUGACCUCAUAUUCCUACUCCUAUGUCCGUGACGACUCGACAGCUCAAACGUUGUACAGCCUGUUGAGAAGCAUAUAUUUAAGAAAUCAGUACGAUCUAAACAUAUGUGACCUGCAACUCCGUGGCUGGAAUAGAUGCUGUAUCUCCGACUCGAAUAUCUGCUUCCUUUAGCAUGAGGAAAAUUAUUCUUCACAUGUUCUACGAUCUAGUCUUUGACCGUGAAGUGUAAAAGUUGAGUCUCAAACCACGUGGGUCAAGUAGUAGUGGCGAAAAAACGCUAAAAUACUGCGGAUCGAGACAACAGGUAAAGAUGCGUUCGUUUUACUAGAUCAAUCUUGUAUACGAAUCCAGAGCAUGACAACGCGGAAUAUUACUUGUUGAUCGAAGUCUAUUUUGACAGAAUAAUUGACCUGAUUGGCAUUUUCCUGUGUCCAAGAAUCCCCGCUGCUGCACUUCCUGGUCAAGUUUUGACAGUUAUACCUUGAUGCUUGGCAGCAAUCUACCUUUGCUCAUGGUAGAUGGACAGCUUCACCGUUGAAAUUGCUAUAGGCUAAAGGUAGCGCUGUGAGCAAAUUCAUGGCUUACAACUGCUACUGCAGGUGUUUCAUUCGUUGUACUCCAGUUGGGGUCAUCUAUACCUCACAACCAGGCUUUGGUUGUUUUCUUAAAUAUCGCCCCUUCACGGCGCCCCUAUAUCUUUUGUUUACCUUUUAUAGGGCCAAGUGGUAGAUGCGCUGGACCAACACGAGGGCUAAAUUGGGGUCGGGCAGGUGUUACUAAAAUGCGUCCCCAUGACAAAUGCCGACAUUUGGGGUGUGGUGAAACACCCAAUCUCAGGCCCACGCCGCGCCAAUCGGGGUCAGAGCCUCACUCCUAUUUAUUGUAUGAAAUUCUGGUCAGUGUGCGUUUUGGAGCAGGGUGUGUGGUGGCACGCCUAGGUGUGGGAUUUUGCCGUGUCAGUCAUCAACGCCUUCUGCCUCCGGUCGUCUUGACUCUAUUUUGACACUGGGUUCAGGCGAGGGAGAAGAGAGGGCGGCAGAUGUUGUGCAAGUCCACUAUAACUUUGAACUAAUUCGCGUUCCGGUUAGCAUCCAUGCUCCCGCUCUGCAGUGGGGCACAUAGUGGACGCCAUCGGUACCAUAAUUAUCUUACUGAAGGCAUUUAGGAAAAGCCAUCUCUUCUAGGAUAGCGCUAUCUGCACACGGUUUGGCAGCUGCAAUAGGCUAAUACCGAAUGGCGCCCUAAUAAAUUUGACCACAAGUCUCGACUUGGGGUUGAAAAGCUUUGAAGGACAUGCGGAGCACGAUCAUGCACCAUGUGUUAAGAUUCGUGAGCCACCGACUGCAGUCGGUGGAAAUGUCUUUAACGUGAGAUUACAAAACCCUCCAGUAGGUAACGUAACACGAAGCCAACCUCUACAUUAAAACAUGUCAGCUGUUGGAAGAGCCUCCUCCCAGACAUCUUUGCAAAUUGAACUCAGGAGAAAGCCCAACCCGAGGGAUGUUUAAUUUGCCCACUUAUCUCGAUGCCUGUAUCAAUUCAACCAUAGUUUUUUAGGAAGAGCUACACAAAACGUUCAUCUCCCUAAACAGGUAUUCUUGAAGCACGUAUUUUAACAACUGUGUUUCUUUAAGAAGGAAAAAUUUUUGCCGCUGACGCCUGUGUACUUGAAAACGCAGUCUGCGUUUUCGCAUCAUCUUAUGGCUUCCGGGCUCUGUACUCUUCAUUUCUGCCCGAGGCAAAUCCAGAUAACCGUGUCCGUUCCUGUAAGAAGAAUUCCCGGUACCAUAGUGAAUUACAAUAUGUACGGAUCACAUCGCCUUUUCGAUGAGCAACAGGAAUCGGCAUGCGGAGGUUAAGCAAGAGUCAAAUGCUACAUCAUAGUUUCGAACUUUUCCAGGACCCGAGUAAAGCACGAUUCAAAAUUUUAAAUUUAGAGAAGUAAUAAUUUCCUAUAAAAUGAGCUAGGACAUGAAUAAUUUUUGCGUCUAUUCGAUAAGACAUGAUGGCACUUAUACAAGCAUCGACAGCCAGUAUAAAAAUACAUGCCACGUAUGUAAGGCAUUUUUUAAAGUGCAAAUCGUUGGCUGCCGGGGAAGUGAACUGAUCAAACACCAGCAAGUAGCUGUGUAGCAAUUUGUUCGGAAUCAUGGUCUCGGGUUAGUUCAUUCUACAAUCCCACCUAAAAAAUCUUUUCCACUUGAUGCCUUAUGUGAACUAUCUGACUUUGGAGCAUGCUUUAUGCUUGCCACGUGUUUGUAGAUGACUCGUCUUUAUGACGAGUAGUUUUCACUGACUGAGAGAUUGUUGUUCCUUGGCAGGUGGGCUUCUGCCGUCGGUCUGCAGUUGGGAGGUCGAGUAAUUCAGGUGUCAUGCAAAGGGGGGCUGAAAUUGCAAAAUUCAAAAAGGAUGAAAAAAAAACCAGACUUGCACAUCUUCGGCAAACGAAUUUAUGGGCAUCUGAGGCGUGAGGAUUUAGUUCAUCAGUGUAGAAGCGUUCCCAGAUAUGAAAUAGAGUAGAUUUGCCUGCUAACUUUUAAAUAACUGCUGGAUGGCACCCGCCUCUAUUUUUGAUUGGUCAAAGCCCAGCCUUAAGAGGUGGUCUUUCGGGAUUUACGCGUGUCUAGUACUGCAAUUGUUUCACUGGGAAAAUGCGCAUUAAAUGCAAGCCAAAUAAUCCUUAUAUGAAGCCGAAUUGACAAAAAUGGUAAAAAAAUGUAUUAAUCGUUUCCGUAAGGUUUAUAGAAAGUAAACAAUCCGCGUAUUAUUUUAUUCGAUUGUACCAUGAUUCCCAGUUAUCCAUGCAUGCUCACAGGUAAUUUAAUGUUUGCUCGCACUCCUGGGAAAUCGUUUUCUGUCUGGCCUGUGCCAAAAGUUUAUCGAAGUUUUUAGGAUAUGGAGCUGUGUCUUUCAUUUGAGAAGAACCUCACUGGAUGCUCUGAUGGACCAGGACAAAUAAGCAUUUCCGCCGAUGCUACCACACUUAAUGAAGAACUGGACUUUGAGAUCGACAAGCAUUUUGUGAGAGAACGCCCAAGAAAUGCUUCCAAUCGCGCUGCCGCCUCAUGACGUACAUUUGUCAGAGUGUACAUAAUCCGCAUGAGUCCAUUACUACUGCCGCACCUGCAUGCAGCACGCGUUAGAAGGAGGCAUUCGUGUCAUGCCUGCCAGUGCGUCAAAUUACCUCAAGGGCCGCCCGAAGGCCUCGAGCAAGUCAUUGUAGCAUAAGAGGGGGAAGAAGAGAUUCUGGCCAGUCAUGAUGAAUCCCUUCUCAUGGCAAAUCCGCACAUUCCGCACAGUGUGCUUGAACCUAUCACGACACGGUGACAGCGGUGGCAUCGAAGAUAGCUCACUGGCGGGAUAGGUCGCCCGAUCGUGGAACGAGGGUCAACUUCAUUGGCUGCCAAUUAAGCCCUUAUGGCACCUCUCGUGUAUGCGAGAUACAUGCCCGUGCAUGACUGACUCGCGUUAGACGGUUGAUUUUCAUUGUGUCAACACCUGCUAUUAACUUCAGAGCCAACCAGCUUGAGGCGGAUAAGCCACUGUGACAUUUGUGAGGGAAGAGAUGGAAUGAUUCUGAUAUAGUUCCCAGACGAGGCGUGCGUUUGAUUUAAUAUAACCAAAGAAGGACGCCAGGAAACUUCCACUACGCGACGACAGCUAGGACUUGGAAAUCUGCCAACUGACGGAAUAACGCGUUCUUUCUCAGUCCAGGCUUUACUGUCUCCUCUUAGAUAGGGAUUUCAUGCCCUUGCACUGUUGCUUAAUGUCCGAGCCCUCUCUGCUCUCUAUUUUAAGUCGCACCCGUUCGAAGUAGGAGACUAGGUCAUGUGCGGCACAAGUAGGCGGACUAUUAAGCUUUGCCAUUACUACUCGUCCAUGCCAGUCUGCGGCCGUGUUGAUUUUGUGUUAUCAUUGGAACACUGUGGGAGGUGUGUGAAUGGAGAUUGAGUUGGCCGUAGUGUAGGUCAGUUCCGCUAUAAGGCAUAUCUCGCGGAGCAGUGACGAUGCACCUCCCUUGCGACGAUCUGACUAUUACGUUUAUGGGUCUACUUGUUCCGCCCCGUGGGAUCGCUGGUGAUGUCUUUGGAUUGCAGGUGAAGGCGGGGUUUUGUCUUCUGGCAUGCAAUCUGGUCGGCACCAUGAGCGCCGACCAAAUGUUAAAAUCAAUAUUUUCGAAUGGAGCGGAAGGAUGGUGAUCCCUCAGUUUAACUGCUAGAGUGUUAAGACCAACGGUCAGGUGUAUCCCAAUGAGAUCUGGAGUUUUCAUAACUUUCGGUUGGGAUACUACGAUCUGCCCCGCUGAAGACCUCAACAACGACAUAUAGAAGCCUGAAAUAGCCAUUUCAGCUUCGAUGAAUGAUUUCCGACCACUGCAUGCCCGUCCGUCAGUGCUGUGGUUUUCGUCGCCACGAAAACAAGCUACGCUCGUUAUGACCUACAGUCAGUGUAACGGGGUGUAUGCUUCUCCCAUGUGACUUGUGAUUUAUUGAUAAGGGGGGGGGGCCUCUGCCGUUACGAUCAACACCACAAACCCUCCAGGCGACAGCGUUCCUUGUGUAUGGGUUAUGAUUUUACGUGUUUCAAUUUGUCCCCAGUAUUUCACGUCAUUCGCGACCUUUCAAAGAGUUGGGUUUACUUACUUUUCGUGGACAGCGUUCUGGAGAAUGCUGUAGGUCCCUACUUAGAUACUUUCAUGGGACAGAGACCUCAGCCCUGGUGUUUGUGUGAGGGCGUAUAGGAAAACCAACUGUGCUCAGGUAAAUUGCCAGGACUUUUGGUCCCGGGGUUGGGCUAUGGUUCGUUUUUUUACGACACAAUUAACUGGGAGGUGACUAUUUUAUCCCUUUAUUUAUUACAUGAGGAAUGCUUACGCUUCUGAUUAGCACCAGCUGUUUAUUUUUACCGAACUAUUAAUUUUGUGCAUAGGUAUUCGAACCCCAAUAGCAUUGUUGAACGCGCAGUGUUCCGAAUGUUACUUGUCUAAGAAACUGUUGUUAGAAACGAAAUGCCAUGGUGUCAUGUGGUACAUAUUUUCUCAAUUUUCUCGUGAUAUAGCAGCUAUCAAGAUAAUUAUUUCUCCGGGGAAUGCUUGACUUAGUAUAAUUACUGAAAACCAGAGAACUUGCUUACUGUUUAAAUAACGGCUUUACAGCGGACGAAAUUUUCUCAACCGCCUGGCAAUAAAAUUUAAUUGCCCUUUGACUCGUUACUACCUACAUUUGGGCGGUGGGUCGUAACUUACUCAUACCGAUUUUUGAGCCGAAGUCACCGUUAUCAUGUGGAUUUAAAAACUAAAUUUUGCGUAAAAAACUCAUCGAUUAUAGUUGCGGUAGGCAAUAGAUUGUUGAAUGGUUGUUGAUCCUUCAUUGCCCAAGCCAGAUCCGACACGCGUAAUGGUCCCUCCACCCACAACUUCUAUGACUGUUUACCUUUUCAUCGUCUUUGCCAGGCGUAGUCAAAGCUCGCUAGGUAAAUAAUUCUCCAUAGGUACAUCGUUAUUUGGACAGACGUGUUGCAUUCUAACAUUAUUCUAAAGUUUCGGUCUUAAAGUUACUGGAGUUUAGGUAGGCAGGAAGCUAAAAACUUAGUGGUUUUCAGACGCCACAGAGGCAAGCGUGUGUGGAAAGUUAGUUCCAUUUUAGCUUUUUCCCGCCUAAACUCGAGCGAUGUUUGGUUAUGUAAUACUCCUGUUUGCAUAGCUAAUUUGAUCCACUCUGCCCUAUACAAAGUUUAUUAUUUAAACCUAAGCACUGGGCUUAGUUACCUGUCGGUCCAUUUGAGCUAAUUAACUUGCCACCCCUCAGUCAGAUUAUUGUGGUAUUUGUUCUUCAUGAAGCUGAUGGUUUUUUUUAUUAAGAAAAUGGAAUCUUAUUAAAACCAGGGGACAUUCAGAUCAUCCUGCAUGCUGUGAUCGCCAUUCCAUAGAAUUAAUGAAGUACUGCCGAGGAGAUGCAAAACCUCCUCUUCCACAAUAGGUCUAUAUAUUUAUUUUAUGCCAUUUGCUUUUAUUCUCCCGUGGUCUGUUUGCAGAUUGAUGAAAUCCUACAAGUCCUCGGAUUGUCAGAGUCCAAAACAACUCGUACAAGUGCGCUUUCCGGCGGUCAGCGGAAGCGUCUCUCAAUUGCUCAAGAAAUGGUCAACAACCCACCAAUCAUGUUCUUCGACGAACCUACCAGGUAGGAGUGAGGGCUUUGCACCAGGUGUUAUUUAUUUUCAUGCCUGAAAGUGAUUUAUUCUGUUUUCUGGUGGAAAAUCUAGUCCGCAUUCAUUCGAAAUCAGUGGUUUCUCGUCGCGUGUAGUGUAUAGUCAAGUCUCACAAUGGCAUUUCGCGUUUUACUGAACAGUUAUUAUUAACUAGUUAAUUUUAGCUGGUGGGUGACAGUUUAAUCAGUUUUGUGCACUGUUUCUUUUCUAGUCAUUUGCUCCGAACAUAUAUGCACCCAUUACAGCAAGUCAGCAAAACAGAUGCAUAUUCUUAGCUGCGCAGAAUAGAACCAAUUCAUGAAUUUGGCCUGCUAUUUUGUGCCUCGUUCGGAUGGUAUUUAAAUACUAUUUGACGGUGUGAAAAACCCACUGUACAGACUCACAAAUGUUUUACAACCAAUCCCAUUCUAGGCGUUUUUUGCACGUAGGUUUUAAAUGUGACCGCCAUUGGCCCCUUGCAAAUGUUCAUUUAUGUGUUCUUCGGUUGCAAUUUACUCACUUGUCUGAUGCAUUACGUCGCAUGUCACUAAAGUGGCUGUGUUCCCUUUAACCCGGAGUAGGCAGUUCUAGCAUUCUAUGGUCUUUGUUCCUCCUGACUCACUGACUGAUAUGUACUGCUAAAGGCGACGUUUAGAGAACUUAUUUCGCUAUACAUUUGACAAAUUUUCCAAGUACAAGCAUACAACUUAGUUUAGGGCUGAGAACCAACAUCAAGGACAUCCACCUUUCUUGAUUUCUAUGAACAGCCGAUCUUACUUCCGGUCACAUUUUGAGUGGCAGCCUCAGCCGUCAUGGCCUUGCGUCUAGAUUUCUGUUGAAAAUGCCGACGACGACGGAGAUAAGAAUGAUGAUGGCAGUGGUGGCGCUGACAGUGACAAUGGUGAUUAUGGGGAGGAUGGUAUGACGAAAACAAAGAUGAUGCUUGUUAUGGCUCUGGCGACAGUAACAUUGACCAUUAUUAUGGAAAAAAAACAGCCACAAUUCCAGACCGGAGGGGUCUGACUUUGAUUUACCUUUUAACUUAAUGCAGUUGACGUUGGGCCAAUGUCUCACGCUUUGUCAGCUACGUAAGCAACGCCAAAUGGACCAUCUCCACUCCCUAGAUGCUUGAUCUAGUUCAUCGUUCCAUGAUCUGGGAAAUGCACCCCUGCUAAAAUAUCAAUCUGCGCAGGUGUUUAUAUGUCCAUCUAUAAGUGUAUCAUUUGGAUUCGUGAACGUAUAGUCUAGUUUUCCGUUGGAACUUUCGUGAAUUUCCGUAGUGGAAUGCUUUCGAUUAAAUCUAGUAAAGGAUGCUUCAGAGGCACUUACGAUGCAGUCAUAUCGGUACAACCAAAAAUGCGACGCUAAAUUCUGAUGACGGGCUGGUUAAGCUUCCAGGCUGGUUUUGACGAUGACAAGCAGUGAAUAGGUACCUUUUAGAAUAUCGAGAAAACUAUUGGUGGCAGUUUUAUAGUCAUAUUAUAGUAGAUCAUUGUCCCCUUUCAAAUCAUUCUGGCAUUAUUGUUAACAUUUUUCACAACACUGCACCGUCCGUCCUAGCUAACGCCGAAAUAAUGGAGCCUGCUUUACGUUUCAAUACUAUAGAGUGUACGAUUUAGAUGCUCACUGAAGACACUUGGGCCUGGUUGACCGGGCAUUUUUUAAAAAGCUCGAGUCAUCAAAAACCCCGAAACAGGUUGUGAUUAAGUCAAGCGCUUCCUCGUGGCCUGGUCGACCGUUUCGUGGAGCUUUGGUUUGUCCAUCUUCAAAAUAUCAUCUCCCUGGCCAAGGAUAUCGACAGUGAGGCAGCAACCUAGAGCAAUUUUCUGGCUCACGAGCAGCAGCCUAGGCAUGGUAGCUAUGACGUUCCUCUUUCCGGUUAAACAUGCGUGGGUGUGAGCUUGAGUGAGGUGUGGCUGGAGCGCACCUGAAACGUUUUUGCUUCCAACUCUUGCCCUUAACGAGCUUCGCUUACCAUCCAUUGGUCCUGGGCCCUGUCCAUUUUACGGCGGCGGCGCUGCUGGCGCCACAUCAGCGAUGGCAACUCACACCUCCGAUCGGACUGCCCUCCUCGUACCUUCGUGUGCGUGCAUGUCGCCUCUAGUCUCGAGUCCUGUAUUGACGCGCGUCGCCUUCCACUGGUCGUGUCGUUUGCGCUCAGACCUACUUUAACUUACACAGUCCUUUGCUCUCGAUCAUAGUGCGCUGACAGUAAUCCCUGAGGAUGAAGGCGUCUACCAAUCCAACGAUGCACCGGGAGUAGAAUGCCGACUUUUCUUAGACCUCUUCCCAACUCGGCGUAAUUUGUAAAUUCGGACUUAGAUCGAGACCAUAUUUCUGUGUCCAGGGCUUCAGGCGUGUUCUUUCUAACUUUAUGACAUGAAGCCUUUUUCCACCUUACAUUUUAAGCCCUAGCAAGAGGUUAACUUUCGGGCGUUUGCGGACGAGAACAUGACCCGACCGAUCGGUGGCAACACCCAUCGAUCUGUUAUUAUGCCCCCGACUAGCAGCAUUUUUGAACAGUUUAGACAUGACGUAUUUUUGAGAUUUAAGGUAAAGAGAAGCCCCAAAUAAUAGUCAAGAUCGCAUGUUUUUGGUUGUAUCAGGCGUCUUGGUUGUAGGUCCUAGCCGUACUGUGUAGGCAGUAACCAAGCCUACGUGAUGAAUAUUCAUAGUCACCAUGUCACUGUCCGCGGCCAGUCUUUGCUGAGAACUAUCGCGUUCUCCACCACCCGUGAAUGUGCUCGGCAUCGUCAGAUAGCCAAACGGGCAGACCCAUCUUUUCUUACUGAAGUAUCUAGAGAGAAAGGGAGCCUGAUUGGUUUCUACAUUCGCGUCUAUAUAUUCAGAGAUCUGAGACGGUUUCUAGCUGGUUGUCUUAUUGUGAUCUGACAAUUCUGAUAAAUGGUCUCAUUAUUAAUUACCUGAACGAGACCUUGAACCGUAAAUUUGUUAGCGUUAUCUGAUCAAGGGAGUAAUUAUCGAACUGUCUUCAGAUGAUUAAUGAGAAAUUUUUGAGAGAAAUUUGGACUAGUUACUUCUAGAGCUCUGUUAUUUUCGUGGACAGUAGUCCAGAAAUUGUAGACUACUUUAUGCACAUGCAAACCCUCCACAGAAUCUAAUGGCAGUCCGGUUAAAACUCCCCUCUCCUCACCUGUCUCAGCUGCCAUCCGGGAUAAUUAAUAUUGACGCUUCAGUUAGGCGAGUCGAGGAGAGGGUCUGCCCGAUGUUUACACUGUCCACUUUUGUGUUUUAAACACAUCUUUUAUGCCUAUCUGCCGAAAUCUUGCAGAAAAGUCCGCUCUUCCUCUUCAUCUGGCAAAUACUACUUUGGCAAAAAUGAUCAUCCCUCCCUUUAUCGUCUUCAGCAGCAGCACUCCAUUGUCCACCCGAUGAAGCCAAGUAAACUCGGUCAGAACUAAUUUGGCGGCUAAAACCUUUUAGCUCUCAUCUCAUUCACGCAUCUGCAUCAUCCUCUGACAUAUUAUUGAUGAUUUUAAUUGAUAUUUUGGCAGAUUUUGAAUAACUCAUAUUGACCCAACUGUGAAAAACUCGGCGCCUCGGUGGGAUUCGAACCCACGCAGUAAGGGGGAAGGCUUUAGUACAGCCAACGCUGUAACCACCUGAGGCGCCGAGUUUUUCACAGUUGGGUCAAUAUGAUGAUUUUAAGUCUGGAGGGGUAGUGUCACCCGUCAGUCGCCUAUGGAAUUCUCUGCACACUGCAUUCGCAACGCUAUCAUCUUGCUAUUGCGAACUUAGCUGUGUUCAGCGUAUCAUGUUCUCUUUUUCAGUGGCCUCGAUAGCGCGUCUAGCCUUCAGUGCAUUGCGGCACUACAAACCAUUGCCCGCCAAGGUCGGACAGUGAUCUGCACAAUUCAUCAGCCAAGCGCAAAAGUUUUCGACAUGUUUGAUGAGGUGCGUCUUCCACCCGUUUUCUAUUUUUUCCAUCUCCCAGCGCAUGCGAGCAUGAACUGCCUAACUGCGUUUUACUUUUGAAAAUGCUCACUACCUGAGGAUGAUAGUCCGUCUACUACUAAAUAUAGAUAUCGAUAAUUAUGCGGCAUCGAUCUCAUUCCACCCACCCUUAUCCACCAUAUUCUCGUAAUAAGACACAGUCAAGGCAAUCAGAGUUGGAUUUUUGGGACAAGUGACUGGCAUUGUGAUGAAUCGCAUCUACGCAGGUCGCCACACGACUUAUAUCCUCAUGCUGACCAAACUAGUACGCAAACACAGCUUAACAGCGUCAAAAUGGACGCCCCGAUCGAGUUGAUUACCGGUUUAUGACAACUAGGCAAAGUAUGGUUUCAUGACGUCGCAGAUUAGGGCUUGGUGUCAGAGGGCGUUCGGCGCAACUGACCAUCCGUCAAGCGAACUGCCUUUGCCUGAUAACUGCAUACACUUUUGAUCUGGACUUUCGCGUUUCCUUCUAGGCAUACAAAACAAUGUCCAUGAGGUCUUUAAUCUAUACUGUUUCCUCUUGACUUCGCCGUCCCUUUCAUAGACUUCAGGUUAUAUCAAGUGUGCUAGUUGUCCUAAGAGAAGUUUCAUACUUUUAGGUUUCGCUGAUCCUGUCUGGCGCCCAGCAUAGAUAGCUUUUUUCAUAUUUCUUGGCGUGAGUCAAAAUGCGCACGUCUACUUCUCAUGAGACACUAGCACCAUCCGGGUUUCCUAUCCAGUUUAUUAGGAAACAAGACCACGGACAAAGACAUUUGGAUCUAUGAAAGGAGUUCAGCAGGGAUGGGUAAUUUUCUGCUGACUUAAUGCCAUCAACCCGUUAUGCCCGGCCACAUGGCGAGACUACCUGAUAUUUAAACCCAAACCGAAGUGGUCAGACGCCUUACCACCUGAGCCACGGGAUUGGAUUCGUCGGUUGUGCUCGAGAAUAUUGAAAACCGCCAGUGGCACUUCACCGAUAUCAUUGCAGUAAGGAACAUUUUCGUGCAUUUCCGCCCCGGUCUUUCCAUCUAUGGUCGUUGCUGGCGGUCACAUGACGAUGAGGGAUGUAUAAGGUGGGAGGAAUACUGACAGACGGAAUUUGCUUUUGAAAAGAAAGCAUUCUGUCCCCUUUAUUUUCGAGGACUCUUAUUAUAACGCACCGGUUUCGCAAAGAGUGAUUACGCUUUCGAGAAAAAUGUCACAGUUGCAAGCCACUUCAACUUUUUAGUUUCCAGCGUAUCAAGUAACUGAAGAAGUCAGGCUUCCUCCUGCACUUAUUUUCCUCCUUACCUGCGGGUUGUCCUUACCAGGGAGUUUCACUGGCAAAGGACACCUUUCUGGGUUUUGCUUACUUUUUUCUGCCAAUUCCACAGUCUAAAUCUUUACUGUAGGAUCUUAUGAGAGCAAUUUAAACCGAAUAUUUUUUUACUGAAGACGGUUGCUGUGCUAGCUCGUGGUUAGUAGUUAAAUGACGUUUUCCAUACCACUAAACACGUUAUUCAAUGGAAAAUAUCUUAGACGAAAAAUAUUAUAUGCCUUUUCGCCGGAGCAAUCGAUCCAGUACAAUCAAUACUUUCUCGUAAGCGUUCGUUCGUCACGUAUUUCGAGAAGUAGUGUUAUACUAUUUGUGUUUAAUGCUUAAUAUAUAAAAGGGAGUGCCUUAAGUCGGAAGUUGUUUUUACCAAGCAAAAAUUUGAGUUACCUGCAAGCAAUCGAAUGAGAAGUAAUCGCAUUCUCAUGAAAGUGUCGGCCUCCUUAAUCCUUCCAUGCGCAAUAGCUUGGUAGCUUUUUUAAAGGACAGUUUCAGCCAAACGCAUUACUCAGCUAGUGGGGAUUUUUUUAUAGUGUCUUAUGUUUGCAUGAAUUUCACUACACUACGCCGCACGAAUACCGAACGUCAUUUUUAUAUGAAUAUUUUGAAGAAAUUGCGCUUUCACCAAAUCUUAUGUUUGAGGGAAGGCGAUACUUCGGCUUAAACAAAUCGUAGUUUCGAGGAGUUUUGUGACAUUGGCACGAAUAUUUGCGUAAUCUACUGAUGGAUUUUUGCAAAGUAUAUAAGGCCAUUCGUGUCGAUUCCGAUGCCUAAUGGACGUCUGGAGGUCUACUCAUAGGCAGAUGAAGGUAAAUGUGAACUCCUUGGGAGAAAACGUACUACGUAGUUUGGAUCAGCGCGGGAAGCAAUGUAAACGUAGGUUAUAUUUCAAAGUAUGUCAGCACUUCUGAACUUAUUUACCCUUAACUACCCAGUAAUUUCGAACGUCAAACUAAGGAAGCUGUCAUUUUCUGUAAAACGAACACGAGAAAUAUUAACUUCAGCUGCCUCUUUAGCAACUGAAUCGAUUGACUUAGGCGUCGAAAUCAACAAGAGACAAAUCACCUGAUUGGCGACAUUCCUCCCGCAUGUUAUCAGCGCUACUGAGUGAAAAUAUCCUUAUCUCCAGGCAAAAAUUCUAGCGUGUUUUAAUUAACUUGUAACUACGCCCCAUGAUAAUUGCUACUGCAACCUCGCAUAGGAAGGCAUUUCCAUGCUGGAGCAUAUCUAAAAACUAAACAUUGAUUUCCGAGUUUAUUCGCCUACUGCAGAGCCUCAGUGAGCCCCAAGUCUAUAAUACCUGCCUCACAAAUUGCUCAUGUUGCUGCUAUUUAAAAAACAACAUAUCAAACAAAACGGAGGAUUAGAUGGCGAAUACUGAUUCUGGUGAGUGAGCAGGAGUUGAUUCGUCCAUAGGCACGGCCAGUCUCUAUUAGGUCUUCAGCUAACGGUCGCUGGUUGGUUGCUUUGUACGAAAGCUUCGCUUGGUGGGCGUCCUCGAUCGAUUCCCCCGGUCAGCCAAUGAUCAGCGUAAUAAACCCCUCGACACUACUCUGUACCAUUGGUAUCUCGUCGGCAACGAAAUAUUCCCUGGGUUUGGAAGCAUUACUUAUCCUCUGAGGGCGACUAUUUGCUGUCCAAACGUUUUGUUAGCAUAUACAUCAAGGGGACGGGUGUCAGGAGGGAGAGAUAUGCAUCAUCUCCACUCUCCCUUUUAACAUGUUCUGCACCCGAAAUGGUAGGGUAUAUAGAUGCUGGGAGAGAGUUGAUGCGUUCUCAGCGCUUCUCAUGUCUGGCCCACUUUGUUCCUGCUGCUACUUGGGGGAGGAAUAAUUAAUAGAUGCUAACCCUCAAAAAGUUUAUGAUCCAGCAUUGACAGUGUUAUCCUGGUAGCCAAAGUAAAUUGGGCAAAUAAUUUGUCAGACAACUGCGCAAAACGUCGAAAUCUUUUGUUAUUAGUAAUAUUGGUCAGUAUCAGAACGAAAUGGCGUACAGAACACUUUUAAGCAGGUCGCUUAAAGGUACAGGAGCCGACCCUCGUUCUGGUCUACUUUCUUGACGACGAUUACUCACCCCACUCUUGUUUCAGUCUAGGCUGGGGACUUCGCGGACGGUCUUGCCGUGGUGAAAGUCACUAAUCUGCAGGUUUGAAAGUGGAGAUAGGAUGUUGGGAAUAAUUGCUUCUGGCUUACAUCCCCGGUGGGGGUUGCUAUGACAAAGACCUGUAGUUGUCUCUCGACGUGGUCGGAGGUCUUACUUAAAUUUUCAUUGGAUUACCUAUACGACAAUUCGCUGUCGUUACCGACAAUGUCCACUGUGUUGCACACAGCAGGGUGAGCGGAGGGAUGGCGACUUGUACGCGAAUAAGUUAUAGUGGUAGUGGACUUUCGCUGCAUUUGUUACACUCUCCCCUCCCUCACCCAUUUGAGCCCCGUGUCAAGACCGAGUCAGGAAGACCGGAGGCGAGGCGAGCGGAUUAUCUGACAGCUAAACGGCCCAUCUACGCGUGCUACACACGCCUGGUCAGAGCGCGACGGACCAGGUUUUCAUACAGACAGGGGAGCUGCUAUUCGUAUCCCAACCGAAUGGGAGUGCCGUAGAAGCCGCAUUAAAAAGGACCAGUUGCAGCCUGACUCUGCCUUCUUCGAGGGCGGCAGCAUUCCAAACCACGUCUCUUAGCGCACCGGGAUGUAUUCAAGCGCGCCCGACUGGUUAUGGUGAGCAGUAUGCGCUAAGAUCGUUGGCCACAUAGAUACUAGGUCUAUUUAACCUCCUUACCUCCUCUUCCGCCGCCGCCGCCGCCGCCGCCUGUACUUUGACAGAUACUAUGGACGAAUUACGAAGUGUAAGAAUCGGUGGUUUUUAGAAGAGCCUACUUUAAAAAGUUUGCUUUACGCAAUAAAAGUUUGUUCGAACGUCAUGCCAAAAUUUACCGCAGUGUAGAGUUCGAACUCUCAACCCUCAUGACUAAUUAUGACUUCGAAUUCGGUAUUUAGAAGCAUUUUUAAUGUGAACUCUUUCAAAGCUUAUGUUUGACUCUAGUCUAGUAAAUUUCAGAUGAGGAAUGCGGCCUACUGCAUGAGUUCUACUUCUACGUAAUUGCCGAUUUUUUUUUCGCGUAGAUGACCGAAUAUGUAUGAGUAUCAGCGAACAGCUUCACGUGGACGAAUAGUAUUCGAAGAUACCUGGCAUACUAGCAAAAAUGGCUUUUUUAGAGAUUUAGCUGUUGGAAGUGAAACUCUCCAAAGUAUUUAGCAGCAAUUUAGAGUUUACGAGUUCUGUUGGGAAUAAACGCUCCCCAGAGCCCAAAGGUGGGCGGGGGCUUUGGCUUCGCGGGAGUCGGCAGUCGCGCAUACUAGCAAAAAACUGUCGCCGAGUUUGAUGAAGAUUGGACGUCUGGCCGGUAGGCAAAUUUAUCUACCGAUCUUUCACUAUGACUUCACUGUCAGAUGAGGCAACCCAGUUUUAGGCCAAGGGCACUAGCGGUCUUUUGCUAAGUCUCCAUUUGCCUACUGCUCACUUUUUGACCCUUUUUACUGCCUCUACCGAUGAGGCUUUGCGUGCUGUUGACGCCUUGUGCACGUAAGAUGAUUUGGGCGAUGGACCUUACUCAGUCAUUGGCUUUCUGACAACCACCUUUGCAUGCUAGGAGAAAUUAUCCUUCCGGGGCAGAUAAUGUAAUGUCUGCUACAGAUGGUUGGCGUCAUACAAAUAAGAUGUGUUUAUGAGAGUUUUUCAACAUCUUUUACAUAAAGUAUAAACAUCUGUCAUACAUACAAUAGAUGUGCUAACUCACGAAAUGUUAGCCGAAAUUCUGAAAUGCGUUUUUAGCUCAAAAAGAUUACUUAAGUAGGGUUGUAAUAUUAAUCACCGUGCGGCAUAAUCCCAUAAUAAUUCAAAUGCUUCAGGAUGCUGGAUUUUGAAAGAAAUUCUCUGCAGCCUCGUGCAAAACCUACACUCUGUAAAAAUAACUACUUAAGUGGUAUGCAUUUUUCUCGUCGAUUUUCGAUGCCCUUAUAAAUUCAAAUAUAUUUCAUAGAACACAUACAUAAAAAUAUUUGUUCUUCUACUCGUUUGGUAGAAAAUCACAUCUUUAAAUUUUACGCAUGAAAGAAGGAUGUAAUUCGGUUUUUAAAAACUUUUAUUUGAAACCCAACCUGCCGUUACACUCGAAUUCAGGGCUUCCAAAAUACACGCCGUGCAUUUUCCGCGUACGGAAAAUCAUACUUUUCUAUAUGCUAUUAUGAGGAGACCAUAUGGGGUUCGUAACAUUUAGCAGUGGAUUUGAGCCAUAUAGCAAACUAUACAAGCAAAGUUAGUAAACGCAGAAGCACGAUGUUUUAUGGACGGGCAUUUCACGGUCUUAAAAAUUUUCAUAAUCAGAAGCUUUUUAAACACCAAAUUGUACCCUUACAUUAAGUGCGAAAUUUGAAAAAGACGUAAUUUUCUACCAAAUGGGUAAUAGAUUGAAUAUUUUAUGCGUGUGUUCUAUGAAAUAUAUUUGAAUUUAUAAGGGCAUCGAAAAUUGAUAAGGAAAAUUCAUGCUAAUUAAGUAGCUAUUUCUACAGUGUGCGGAUUUUGCAGGCGGUUGGAAAGAAGUUUAUUCAAAGUCGGCAUCCUGAAAUUUUUGAAUUAUCAUGGGAUUAUGCCGCACUUUGAUUAAUAUUACUACCCUACUUGAGCAAUCUUUUCGAGCAGCAAACGUAUUUCAGGAUUUCGGUCAACAUUUCAGGAGUUAGCACAUCCCGUUCGUCAUCCCCAAAAGGAUCCGAGGACGAAAAAGAGGCGAUUACAUUAGUGCUGACGUUUCAGAAACUUCCCCGUUUCCAUCAUCAGGUUAGUAGGGUGCGUGUUCCAGUUAGCCCAGAGUUGUUCUGUCUCGCCGCCUGUCUCGUUAUAGGCAUUCCUGAUGCACGAACUCUGACCUACCUUCUGGCUGGGGAUUAGCUUUGGUCUCUCCGUGGGCGGCCGCUGGCGCACUCGUGUGACCUCUGCCCAAUGCCCAGCUAUCGUGGUCGCUGUAAGGUCUAUGUGCCUGUGGGCCCUCCCCUUAUAACCGGAUGAGCUGACCAGCUGUCACCGCGUGUGCAAGUCACGUGACCUCUGACUGGCCCUUGCCCCCUGAUGUAAAGGUAACAACUGGUGAACAAGCCGAGACUUUUUCGCUUGUUCUUUCAAUCUCGUGUGCACUGAUUUGAGGUUUGUACGUAGGCCGGAUUAGGACAAAUGGUUCGGCCGACUGUGCCAAUCGAAGACCAACUCUCGAGCACGUCCAACUGUCUCCUCAUUGGCUUGGUCGAUGACUCUUGCGGUAGGAUGUAGUUAUGCAACCCCACCUGGUGGACAUAAUAAUGUUGGCGUCGGGGUUAGGGGUUAGGACAACUAUUUCUCAACCACUCAAAGUACAACCGCGCAUUCGCAAUAGCUUUUCUUUUGCAUACAACUACUUGAUCUCGUUCGCCUGUGCGUUCCCCGACGCCAUCUGUAAAAACCUCUAUUACUAACGGUCCUGUAUUAUAGAUGGCUGGGAUUCGUUUACCUCAGGUGGGGCUACAUAACCGCAUCUGACCAUUCUUACUCUCCCGAAGUCGAAACUGUGCCUCGACAGUUGUAUGUGGCCAUAUACCAGUGACAGUUUAUACUCGAGGAUGACUGCAAGCUGGUGCCCAUGCUAUCUUGUGCAGAGGCGUUUGCCUGUUUCACCAACCUACCUCACACUACAAUGUUGGCACGAUAAGCUGUAGACCACUUUUGAUAGUACUGUUGCCGAUAGUGGGUCUUAGGGUCUCAUUAUUAGCUGUCUGGUAGUGGUAGUUUAUCGGCAACCCCAACCCCGACUCCGGAAAGUCAUUUAGGUAUGGAGUCGCGAACCUAAUUUUGACAUUUCACUGUUAGAUCGUUCACAGGUAGGCUUUUUUAUGCACUCAUGUAUGAAAGAUCGUGGAUAACCAUUGGUUAUGAAUGGUGAGUGUAGAUAUUUUGCUUCCUCCUUUUUCGUGUCGUUGUCGCUUUAAUGUGCUUAAAACCGUCGGAAGAGAGUUCUAGUACAAAUACAUCUGUGGCGAAUGGGGUGGUUGCUUUGGAAUAACAGAUUGCGUCUAGAAUUCGUUGCCUUACAAUGCACCGAAAUCCCUAUCUUCCCGUCUGUUAUUUUUAUACCACAUACAGCAAGAAAGGGAAACUGGUUGCUGUUUCCUGGCCCAGUGUAAACUGUCGAGAACGAUUGAGUCCAGUGCUGCCUUCAGUUCCUUCCAAAUUGAAGCGAUGGUCGCAUUCAAGGGCCUGCGCAAACACGAGUGACAAAGGGUCACGUCGGAGGACGGCUAGUUUAUGUUCUUUUAUACGCGUCUCAAGUCGUCGGCCUGUAUGACCAACACAGUCGCAAGGGCAGUUAACACACGGAAUGCGGUAGAUGACAUUGGUUUGCUGCUCUUUGGGUAUAGGGUCUUUUACUCGAGAUAGUGUUACGCGCAGGGAGGACGCCGGCUUGCGGGCAAUGAAGAUGUCCCACCAGUUUAGUUGUUGGGCGAUCGCUUCGGAAAUGCCCUGCAUGUAGGGUAGAGAAUAGAAUUUCCGUAAGUUUGGUCCCUCAUUAGAACCAACGCCUUGUGUUCGUCUCUGAUGUCUGAGACGAUUGUUCACAAAGCUGACCGGGUAUCCGUUGAGCCGGAAUAACUGAUACAAGAAAGCGAGUUCUUUCUUAAGUAGAUCACCACUGCUGUAGUAACAAAAGGCCCGGUGGAAAAGGGUUUGGACACAGCUCUUUUUUCUAGUCGCAGGAUGGUUAUUUUCAUAAUUAGAAAUGACGUCAGCACUGGAGUCUGCCGAAUGAGGCUGGGAGGCUACUUGCACGCAAAUACGGAUUUCGGGUUUUGAGUGCCUUUACAUCAGACGCCAACCAUCGUCUGUGCAGAUUCAAUGCAACAAUACCCGAUUUUCGAAACCAGUGUGUCUCAUCAUCGCCAGAAAAGGUAUUCGGAGACGUGCUACAACGAAUAAAUGCCACUGCGUUGAACGCCAGAAUGAAAAAGCGAACGGAUCUCCGAGUGAAACUACAAUCUCUCGUUCGCCCUGUCAACGAAAUCAGCAGAUCGACAAGAGUCGUUAAUAUUUCUAAAAGGAUUCAAAAAUCCGCUAAACUUAGUCAACUAUCCAAAGGAGCAAAAUUCAGCCACACUUAUGCUGCGCCCAUUUUAUUGACCUCUUCUGUGACUGAAGAUAUGCGCGCAGACAUACGCAGCUGUGCCGCUGGUCUCCUUCGAUAAAAGAAGCAUUACCAAAUCUUGCCCAUCGAUGAAUAAAAAGGAGUUAUAGUUCCUUAAGACAGACGCCAGUAUAGUGAUAGUGUCUGGUGACAAAGAUGGCGACACCGUCAACGUGGAAGAGAGCGAUUACAUCAAAAACGCCGACCGAGUCUUUAACGGCAGGAAAGUCUACGCAGCACACGCGGAGGACCCAACUAAAUAGCAAGCCGCAGCUGUAAAAAAGAAGCUGAAUGAACUCACUCGACCGAAACUCAUAAUUCCCGAUGACUCCAGGUGUAUGACCCUCAACGACCCCUGAAUAGCCCAUGCACAUGUCCUCCCAAAAGUGCACAAAUGUGCGCCAUUGAAGAUUAUAGUGCCGCUUAUUGGAUCGCCCACCUGAAGCACCUCAUCAAUGGAUCCCAAUAUAGCAUCAAAAACUCUCAGGAAUUUCUCCAGAAGAUCCAAGGCCUCAAAUUAAGUCCUGAUGAGUGCUUUCCAUCAUUUGAUGUGGUUGUCCUGUUUUCCUCAACACCACAUGACCUGGCGAUUUAGAGCGUAGCCCGACGCCUGCAAGAUAAUCCAACCAGCAUUCCAAUACAACACGUUUCAAGGAUGCUUAAACUCUGUCUCAAUAACUACUGCCAUUUCGAUGGAAAGUUUUAUUUACAGGUUAGGGGUACACCAAUGGGCUCGCCAACAUCAGGUCUACUAGCUGAACUGGUACUACAACAACAACUGGAGAGGAAGUUAUGCGAACCUUUAAACCAAAAUGUGGCUCCGAUACGUAAAUGAUACGUUUGUUAUCAUGAAGACCUGCGAAAUUGGGCGAUUGCAUCAGCAUCUGAAUAGCGUCUUCCCAGCUAUCCAGUUUACUCGCGAAAACGCAAGUGGAGGCAUUAUCUCGUUUUUAGACGUUAGCAUCCAAACACUUAGUGAUGGCGGCCUUGCAACUAGCGUCCACCGAAGACACUCCAGUGAUGACGUCAUUCUUAAUUAUGAAAGUAACCAUCCUGCGGUUCAUAAAAGGAGCUGUGUACGAACCCUUUUCACCAGGCCUUUUUUACUGCAGCAGCGAUGAUCUACUUAAGAGAAAACUCGCUUUCUUGUGUCGGUUAUUCCGGCUCAACGGAUACCCGGUCAGCUUUGUGAACAAUUGACUCAGACAUCAGAGACGAACACAAGGCGUUGGUUCUAAUGAGGGACCAGAACUGCGGAAAUUCUACCCCCUACCCUACAUGCAGGGCAUUUCCGAAGCGAUCGGAUGGUGAGAUCACAUCCUUUCAAGGUUCGCAUUACAGGUUUUGCGAUUUUUCUACGCAAGGCUAAACGACUUUGUCCAUUUGCGUAGGUAGUGUCUUAGUUUUUUUAAAGUAUUUAGUAAGACAUUUCCUGCGAUAAAUUAUUUCUAAUGGUUGUCUACUUUUUGACGGUGAGUCUGUAUUCGUGUUACCUAAUUAUUAUUUCGUCAUAAUUUAAUGUCUCGUCUCUUUGUAAAAUGACGUACGGUAAAAUUUAUCCUUUUUUCUUCCCUCUGAUACAGCUAUACUUUCUCUACGAUGGACAAUGCGUCUACCGUGGUCCUGUUAGGUACCUCGUUCCUUACCUCACCUCACAGAACCUUCACUGUCCUCGCUAUCAUAAUCCAUCAGACUUUUGUAAGUGAUAACUGAUUAUCUACGACUAUUCUUAUAACUAUCUCACUCUCGCUGGAAAAAUUCCUCGUUUGGGAUCUAACUGGCGCCAGGUGAUUCUGCCAGCUUAAGCGAAAAUUCGGUUUUGUUUAUAGGAACAAGUUGUCUCCCCACAUUUCAAAUAUUCGAGAGGAGGGUCUUCUUGCAAUCUUGAAACUUCAAGGGUUUAUGCUGUGUGCUGAGUUCCUCAAGAGAAAGCCAUUUCCAGUUCGCUCUAGAAAUAACAUUUGAAACACGACGUGUUAACAUUAAUUUUACAUGAAAUGCACUUAACCAAAAUGAAAGUUCGAUUUCUGGAGCCAAUUCUGACCAAAGUAAUUUGAUGCACCGAUGCAUUCUGGCAAACCGAGUCGUAGAUAAACGAUGGGACCUUCUGCUAGAUGAACUAUUUUGCGUAGUUAAAGAAAUCUGGUUCAGUGAGCAUGGAUCUGUGCUAACCUUCAGAGUAUGGUAUCUUAAUCACCACGUCAGGGUGUCGGGGAAGACACACAUUGAAGAAAUUAUGGAUCUGAUGGUUCUGGCCUUCUCCGAAUGCGUAACCCAUCGGCAUUAUUAUACCACCCAGCUUUGUUUCGGAGCCCAAACAGCUAAGGGUCACUCACCUUCAUCGCGGAUGUUUCUCCUGGAAAGCUGCCUCAUCCUUUUCGAGACGCGCUGAUCCGUAGUCAAUCGACCGACUUAGGCACGGGCACACUUAUGUCCAGACAGUCAAAUUCGUUCAUGCCUCACUUGGUGCAACAUUCACCACUUGAACGCAGGGUGACCACUUCUCACGCACUGGAAAUCAUGCCACUUGAACGGGGGCUAGCUUUUUAUAACUCCGAUGCAAAUAUCAAAACAGUUGACACCGGAGAUGCCCUCUUCCGCUUGGACAUGAAUCAAUGGCGUCAGCACACGGUCUGGUCUCGCUAGCGACCGCCGCUGGUCGAGGGAGAAAGUCGGGGUGUUGUGCAUGAUAGUCCCUCAUUUUGGUGUCUUUCCUCUCCUCCCGAUAAUAGUGACCUGGUUUGGUGUUUGUGGCGCUCAGUCUUUACGCCUUAUCUUAGCACUACAUAUGCAUACCGCUUUCUUCUUCUUCUUCUUCUUCUUCUUCUUCUUCUUCUUCUUCUUCUCAUUCUUCUUCUUCUUCUUCUUCGUCUUCUUCCUCCUCCUCCUCUUCUUUUUCUUCACGCCGAUAAAUUGGGACUCGCAUAUUGGCCUCUAUUUAUGUCAAAUAUUGCGCGAAAUGUUGCAUGAUUGCUCAUGCUGCUGAUCCUCAAACGCAGCUGGGUCAGUGUGUCAUUUCCUUUACAUAUCGGUUUUAUUCUCCUGUUUGCCUCGAUUUUUUGGUCACAUUACCGGAAACUAGAGGGUCAUCCUGCACUCAGUAAAGAAGAGUUGAUUGGAGCUACCUUUUAUGCCCAACGAGCUUUCCUGUUUUCUCCAGACGAACUGAACGUUGCUGCGUUUUCGGUUUAUUGAUUGAGUUUCACAUGUCUGGGUGUUUUGUUUGUUCGUUUUUGGGUCCUAAUGAUGAUCAGAGUUUGCGUUUGGACUCAGAAGCAACCGUCUUCCAUUAGUAAGUGCUAGAUGUUUUUCCUUAACCCCAAAGUAUCUCCACAUUUGGCCGGUAUUAUCUUAGGUGUUUACUCCAUCUCCUCCCGUUCCAUAUAUUUUCAAUCCUAGUGAUGGACAUUGCGUCCGGGGGCUCCAGUGGGGGUCUGUCGGUGUUGCUUAGAGCUGUCGUCGAUGGCCGUUUGGAAGAGGAAUUGGAGAAAAUCAGGCGAUCGUCUCCGACCCAGGUGGAGGACCAUGGGCUCUUAGAGCUCGACUCUGCCCAAUCCUCUACGUCCAAGGCACAACCUCCCCCAAUGGACGACAACCUCAGUCGCGCCACACCACCAACCUCCAGUCUCCAACAUCUUGUAAGCUCUUUUCAGGACGAAUUGUGACCUAGGCUUUACCUCUGUACUGGUGUCGAUGCUGCCCCUAAUCAUGUGUGCAACCUAACCCAUAUAUGUGAGGCCUACUUGUUCUACACCAGCACGCCUUCCUCUUGUUUGUGCAGCCUUUCAACUAGACCCAGCCCUCACCCGGGACUGACCAAGCUCAACCUGUUUCUUAAUUGUGGUUCACACGGUGCUGUCCUGACUGUUGUACGCACAAUCUAUGCGUGAAAUUUAUGCCAUUCUGUCAUCUCAACCGUAGUUAUUAGUUAUUUGUCACACAGUACUGUCACCUAACAUGAGCUCAAUUUGUGUGAGAAUCGCUCUACGCGGCUCAAGUAAGGAUGAUUUUACUGUAAGUACCUUUCUCUACGUGAUGUUUGCGUGCGUUUGUUACUAUUUCUGGGCAAGUCCGUGCUUGAUUUAGGCUGUUUAAAGUGGGAUAAAAAUAUACUAAUCAAGUCGACUGUAGGCAAUAUCGGAGGCAAGUUUCAAGCGCACUCUUCCUCAGACACGGGAGCUUUGUGUGCUCAGUGCUUACAAUUUCAUCGCACUCACAUCAAAUUUACCAUAAUGGUGCCUGCAUGCACACAGCAUAUUUGGACAGAACCUUUUUGGAAAGAUUUGAAUGACCAAUAACUUGGGGGCAAGGAAGAUCUGAUUUGCUUAGAACUCUACUGAAGUACACAGAACCUAUGAUGUCAAUAGUAUGGUGGACCGUAAGAAUAUUGAGGGAGACAACUUUUAUUAAAACAGAGUUCUUACAGCAAUGGCACCGGCUUUCCAGAUUUACCUGACAACGAGGAUAACAUGUCACAUAUUCUACCAACCGAUGGCCACCUUUUUCCAUAAGUGAUUGAAAUCACAAAGUUUGUCCCGCUUGCAAUUAAUGAAAUGUAUACCACAUGCCUUGAGGUGUAGUGGUUUGGCACAAAUUGGACUCAUUUUGAUGGACCGCAACAGCUGUGUUUGGGCCGGUUUCCUUAUAACAUUCUUUCUUUCUACAUGCUGUUGCUAAUCUCCACAAAGUAUCGCCUGCCGUAAUACCAAACGGUUAUGCUACACGUGUUAGAGGAGGACUUUGCGAUAAGUCACAGCUCCCGCUCUUUAUCUCGGCGCCAACCUAUCUGAGUCGAACAAGUCACAUGAGAAGUAGGGAAAUAAAAGUGAGACUUUGAUCCCAUGUUAGUUUCCUCACCUUUAACGCGACACAAUUAACUUCGGGGAUAGAGUGAGGUGACUUUUACUCGUUUUUUCCUCGCUGCAAUAAAAAUCAGGGCUCAAGUAACCGCCUUUUCUCUAGGAUCGUCGUAUACGACGAACGAAAUCUCAGUUUCCGGUUUGUGUCCUUUAUACAGAAUUGCUUACUUCAGUCUGUACAAACAACAUAAAAGCACUACGACUCUUUAUCAAGGGCUUUCCUGCGCAAAAGAUCCUUCCAGUUAAAAUAAAGCUUCUCCGAAUAGCUGCAUGGUAAAAGGCGUUUCUAUAAUCCUCUCUUUCUAGCUGCUUACACUGUUCUCUAGUGGCCUGAUGCCCUCCGAACUAUAGUGGGAGCCCGUGCCCACGGCUCGUAAGCACUUGCGAUUAGUAUCAUCCUGCUUAUUGAACAUCGCAGGGACGGGCUAUUUAGCUGUCUAGUGCCUGCGUGUAGUCGAUAUGAAGUAGAAGCGAUCGGUGGAACAAAAGCUUCAGUUGCCUGCCGUUUCGAAUUCACGCUCAAACCCAUUAUCAGAGAUAGUGACAGAUACUGUCUGUCACUGUCUCCGAUGAUGGGUCCGAGCGUGAAUCCGAAACUUCCAGCGACUAAAGCUAUUUUUCCACCGAUCGUUUCUACUUUUUAUCGACUAACUCCUGGAAGGCGCAUCUUCGCUUGUAUCAGCAGUUAUGAUAGUCGUCAACAGAGGAUCCUCGGGAUUUCUCUGACCUGACAACUAAAACCCCGCAGUGUCCUAAGAAGCGGUAAUUCCACAGACUUCGAUGUAGGUAGCACAGAUUGCGUGAUCAUUUGAUGCGGCGUUGAGGGGCCGGUCUUAGCCUGCCCGGAUUGAAAAUUUGGACUAAACUCCAAAGAAGAAGCGCUGGGCAAGUGGAUUCAGGCUGUGACGUCUUAGCGAGCGCGGAAUGAACUGCUAAGCUGUUGUAGCUAUUUUCGUCCUGCGUUUUCUCACUCGAGCAAGUCGAACUGCUGUUACCGCCAGUCUGUUGAGUUUGUCUCGGCAUCAUUUCCACACUUGACGCCUUCAUCUGUGAGAUUUGCUGCUGACAUACCUUCUAUCUCGACCGCUACUCACCUUUUGGGCGUGGACUCGCGCAUCAGCAGUUUUACCCGCUGAUGUGUGUUUAGGACAUUUGUCUUUUGCCACCGAUUCUGCACCCACCACCUCCCUCUCCCAAUAUUCAACUUCCCCUAAUUCUAAAUGCCCCCACGAGCGCUGCUAUUUUGCUCGUUUUCACUUAGUCUUUCUGCGGUCAUUAUCCUCAGCCACACUCAACCCGUGACAGCAGGCAGCUGGUUAAACCGCAAGCGCGACUAUCAGUCGUCUUACUCGCUGUUCGCCUACCCGCCUAUCCCCACCCACUCGACGUUGCCAUGUAACUUAGAUGUAGGAUUCCGUGCGUUUUCUCUGAUGGUGGCCGCUGCUUACUUGAUAUUGGCUAACUGCUAUUUAGUUGAAUUAUGUCGAGGUGGGCUUGUGGGGUAUCACCCUAUCUCCCCUUUCCCAUCUAACUGAAUUUUAAUGAAAAAAAUUGGAAAGGGAAGGGGCCUCUUGGCCAAACAGGCAUAUUUCCCCAGUCUACGUGUGCCAUAGUUCCUGACUGGCCCCUAUCUGCUGCCGAAUCAGACUCACAGACCCAAUUUUCCACGGAAUUUCUAGCAGUGGUUUCCAGUUCAUCCCUCGAGCUGAAGCCGACCACCGCUACGUCGGGGGAGCAGUGGUAACUUGCUCGUGAACCGGAUUAUGCUGAAGGAGACUUGUUCAGCAUCGGCUCCUCUUCGUCUCCCGUCGUCCUCUCACGCGUAAUAUUUUAAUGGUAGGACGACUAUAGGUGAACUUGGGCUCACUGACUCAUCGGACAUUUGUCCUAAUCUCUCAUAUAACGCGCUUGUUCUGGCCUCUCAAUCAACAACAGCCAUAAUGGUGAUAGUUGCCAUAAGACCGCAUUGAUAAUGACGCCGAUUUAUGGCCCCAUAUCAAGUUAUUUUGCCAGUUACAAAUCCUCCAAGUCGUGCUUUUUAAGGUUGCGUGAUAGCUCAGGCGCGCGCAGAUUGAAUUAUACUGAGGAGGGGCUGCGUCGGGUCACUUCCUUUUCCCCUUUUCACCGUAAAUGCGUAGCAGAACUGAGUCAAACCGACUGGCUGUGUGUAUUGCACGCUAGCUUACAAGAACCCGUGGCGCGAUUGGUGACGCGGUAUUUACUGCCUAAUCCUCUUCCUAGGCGUUCUGUCUGCCACCAGUCGUAUGCCUUGAGGUAGAGGAAACCACGUGGAUUGCUAUGAGCAGCGACAUCCUAUGGACUUGACAUGUAAAUGUUCGAAAAGUCAUCUGUGUCGCUAUGCGAGCGGUUCGCAUUCCUGCCUCUCUUAUCUAAUCUGCAUCUUUAUCCGUUUCCGAGUUCCAGCAUCCGACCGUACACUUCCUAGUGUCGCUUUUACGCGCGAGCCCCAGCCCCUAUAUGUGAUGGUUGCAUGUCUGCAAGCGUCUAGUGGGAACGGCUGUUUGUACGCUGGUUGAGCUCCGCCCCUGAAACAAACUCGGGUAGUCCCAAUCGCGUCUGUUUAGGCGUUCACACCCAGCACAGAUGUCAGGUCGGGUUUCUACUCUUCAUCCAUGGGACGUCGGUCACCUAAUUUUCUCAAUUUUUAAAGGGUAGAAGAUUUGCUGAUUCUGAAUAUUAAAAAUAGGAAACCUUGAAAACACUAACGCAGAUUAAAAUCACAACUUUCUUAAUGGGUGACCAAAACAUGAUCACCUCUUUUUUGUUGAGAGACCGUACCCUGUCCCGGUUUAUUAAUGUAUCGUAUUACAAGUUGGUAUCUUGCAUAUACAGUGAUCGAUCUCAUUAAAUGUUUGCCGAAAUUCUUAAGUGCGUCUUCGACUUAGGUGGGGUUGCAAUACUAAUUAUCACGCAACGUAAUCCUGUGAUAUUUCGGACUUGCCAGAUUGUCGGCUUCUUAGUGCACUUCUUUUCGACCUCCUGUAUAAACGGCAUUCGGUAAAAAGUGACUUCUUGAGUGGUAUGCGUUUUUCACAGACUUUCGAUAGCCCUAUGAACUCGGAUGCUUUUUAUAGAAAGCAAACACAAAAUAUGCCUUCUUUUACUCGCUUGAUAGCAAAUCACGUCUUUCCAUUUUAUAACCCAAAGGAGGAUAUAUUCAGGUUUCAAAAAGUUUCAAAGUAGAAGAUUUUUUAAGACCGUGCAACGUCCAUUUACCUGUCCGUUUAUUAAUGCUCCUCAUAGAGUGUACAGCAUAUUCCGCAUCCAUUGCAAAAUUUGCGAGCUCUACAUGGUAUCUUUUUAAGGGCCUAGAAGAAUUUAUGGCCCUUUUACGCCGGAGGUAUACGCCUUGUAGACUGGAAUCGUUAAACGCUAAUGCUGCGGCUUAUCUGGCUCAAAAUUAUUCCGUAAUUGGAAAACAUUUAUGACAUUCCUUUGAGUAUCAAAUUCGAAGAAAACGUGAUUUAAUACAAAAUGAGUUCAAAAGCGUGCUUUUAUGCGUUUUAUCUAUAAAACCUAUUGACGUUCAUAAGGCCAUCGGAAAACAAAUGCGAACAAUGCAUACCAUUUAAGUAGCCACUUGUUGCCGAAUGAAGUUUUUACAGGAGGUCGAAAAGAAGUGCAUGCAAAAGCCAACUUUCUGAUAAAUGCGGAAUAUUAUGGGAUUUUGUCACGUGAUGAUUAAUAUUGCAACCCCACCUAAGUAAUCCUUCUGAAUCGAAAACGCAUUUUAGAAUCCCGACUGAUAUUUCACGAGAUCGGUCACUCACUGUAACUCUUCUAAUUCUUUUUUAUGGAACCUGCCCUUUUUCGUCUCUCAUGCCUCACUCUCAUCUCUUCUCUCCAUGUAGCCUCUGUACAUGGUAAGCAGCCGUUCAGGUUUUACCCCGUUUCCUUCCCCUCUCCUCUCCCACUCGGUUUCCACCUGUUCGACGGCAUCCAAAUUUGAGCUUCAUUAAAUUACAUUAGUCGCCUUUGAAUUUUUCUUCCUAAUUCAUUUAGCACGAUCAAUCGGGUCACGCCUUCGAAGUCGGGCUCUUCCACCAGACUAGCGUACUCUUUCGUCGAACAAUGAUAUGCAUCUGGCGUGACACGGUUUGUCUAUUUUUUAUGGAAAACUUGAUCCACCUCUGA